AACGCUACUUUCAGAAUGUGACCAUUGGGGUUGUUUUGUUACUGAAGGCAAAUUGUAUAUAUUUCCAUCUUAUCACCAUAGUAACCAAGCAACCAACUAGUAAUUAAUUUGUACGAAAACUUUGCAAAGAGAACAGGCGACAUAAUUAUUCAUUAUCAUUCUAAUUGGAAGCUCUGAGAAUCCUUUAAAACAUACGAUAAAACCAUGCUACGAAGCUAUAAAGAAAAGUAGAUUUAACACAACAUUUACAGAGGAAAACCUUAAAAUCAGUUAACAAAGACCUUAAUAUGACAGCAUUAUAUCUCCACAUAUGCAGAUUAUGACGAUUCAUCUGCAUUCGCCACAAUCUUGGUCUGUUCCUAUUCUUAGAACAUGAACUUAGUGGUAGAAAGGAAUAACAGUAAACAAAUACCUUGUAGAAAGUGAUAAAGGGUCUAUCUUAAGAUGAGAGAGGAUUAUUCUCCCAACUAUUCAUCUCUAAGAGAAUGACUUGUCACACUGUUCUGGAGCUGUUGUUUCUGGUGCCGGUGUUUAUAGUUCCAAUAUUUUUAAACAAUUUCCUGAACAUUUCCCUUUUACCCACAAUCCCUCGCUUCGUCCAAUCAACCUGCCCCCUCACCAGAACCGACCCCUGUCUUACGAUAACAGGCCAGGUAAAGUAGCUGUUAAUUAACAGUAAAUGAGUAAACAGCAGGCACGGAGCCUCUCUCCCCAGACAAGACAUACUGGUCGGUUCCUCGGCUAGCCAGAAUGCUGUGGAUUCCGGGUUUCUAUCGGAAACAGGAUCAUCCGGGUUUGACAUGUCCAAAUAUGUGUCGAUACAAGGUUCCAACACUGACAUGGCUGUGAUAACCGGGCGUGGCUGUAUAGCGGCUAUUGGGUUGAUUGUCAUAGCCUUUGUCGUUGGACUUAUGAUCGGGCUGUUCGCCCCACAGCGCUAUGGGCCAAAGUCGGACCUAAUACUACGACGACUCACCAGAGAUGCGGAGCCUGAUGUAGGCAACACACUCAUCAGCGGGAUAGAUCCUGCCAUCAUUGACAAGCACCUGCAAUAUCUGACGUCACGUCCGCAUCUCGCCGGAACUCCUGAUAAUCUCCGUACGGCAGAGUACGUCAAAGAUCAAUGGACAGAACAGGGAUAUGACGUACAGAUGGUGCCGUAUGAUGUUCUGUUGUCAUACCCAGAGGAGAAUCAUAUUAAUACCGCGAGUCUCGUGGCCUCGGACGGCAGAGUGUUGUACCAGACCUCAACCGGUGAACACGCCUUCUCCCAUGGGGAGUCCCAUCCGGAAGUGGUACAGCCAUACAACGCCUUCUCUCCCAGUGGCCAUCCCGAGAGCGAGCUCGUGUAUGCCAACUACGCCCGAGAUGUUGACUUCGAGAACCUCGCCCGACUUGGGGUAAAUGUUUCGGGAAAGAUCGUCAUUGCUCGAUAUGGGCAGAUAUUCCGAGGGAACAAGGUUAACUUUGCCUACCAAAACGGUGCCGUUGGCAUCAUCCUCUUCAUGGACCCGAGUGACUACACCGAUGGUAACGUCACCUACCCUGACAGCAUCUGGCUACCUCCUACCGGCGUCCAGAGGGGCAACAUAGUUAUGAUUAAAGGAGAUCAGGCCACCCCAGGGUACCCGGCAACGUGGUAUACGGAACGACUUACGGAGGAAGAAUUGAAGGCCAAACUUCCUAAAAUCCCUUGUCAUCCAAUUGGUUACGCUGAUGCUUAUAUGCUGCUGAGGGAGAUGGAGGGAACGGCGGCGCCCCCCGAGUGGCAAGGGGGCCUGAACAUCACCUACAGACUUGGGGGAACCAUGGCAGCAAACACGAAAGUGAAACUGUUUGUGAAGAAUAAAUUGAAAACAGUCAAAAUAUACAACGUCAUAGCUAAGAUGAAAGGCGUCAUAGAAAGCGACAGAGUGGUACUAAUAGGAAACCACAGAGACGCAUGGGUGUUCGGUGGAGUUGACCCGUCUUCCGGAAGUGCCGCCAUGUUGGAAAUGUCCAGAGUUUACGCCGAGCGAGUCAAGGGAGGCUGGGAGCCCCGGAGGUCGGUGAUGUUCUGCAGCUGGGAUGCUGAGGAGUUUGGUCUGGUCGGGUCGUACGAGUGGGUCGAGGAGAAUGUCAUGUGGUUACGGAACCAGGCCGUGGCCUAUCUAAACAUCGAUUCUACUACAGCUGGUAAUUACUCAAUAGGGGUUGCCGCCACGCCAACACUCAGACGUGCCGUUUUCAGAGCAGCGAAAAAGGUUCCCGAUUACAACCAGGCUGGUCAAACCCUGUUUGAUGUAUGGCGGGAGAGAAAUCCGGACACACUUAACUCGGAGUUUCCCAGGCUCAAAAUGCCGGGAGCAGGAUCGGAUUUUGUACCAUUCGAGGAAGAUGUUGCUAUCCCUACCUUAACAGCUGCCUACAGGAACAUGGACCUGGGGUACAGGGUGCACAAGGAACAUACCCACCCGCUGUACCACACACUAUAUGAUGGGUACCGUUACGUCAAGAUGAUUGAUCCGGAACUGGGGACUGCCCGCUCAGUGGCGGCCCUUGUCAUCGAGACUGCGCGAGAUCUCGUCGAUUCUCUGAUUUUGCCUUUGGAUGUGCGAGAUUAUGCUGAAGCAGUGGAAGGCUAUAUUGAAACGCUUUUCGACUCAGAAAAAAGAACAAUUUUCUUCUCACGGCAUAACAUCGGCGGCUAUCAAGUCCGCAUCGCACAAUUUUACCAAAGCCGCAGAGGAAUUUCACUUGGCUUUGGACAAAGUUGAUUUACACAACCCUCUUGAAGUGAGAUCCAUCAAUGACAAGCUGCAGGCCAUGGAGAAGGCGUUCCAGGUUCAUGCCGGACUUCCGAACAGAAAGGAAUACAAGCACGUGCUGCUAUCACCGAGUAGCGCCGACUACUACAAGACGACCACGUUCCCAGGGAUGGCGGACCUCCUGUACCAGAUCGGGGACAACGCCGGACGCUGGAGGGAGGUGAAGACACACUUGUCUGUGUUAACCUUCUGUAUACAGUCUGCCGCCGAUAUACUUACAAGCUGAUUCUUUACAGCAGUUUUCUUGUUAUAAAGAUUGUAUAAGUGUAUAUGUCGUGACUUUAAUUAUCAAUCUUACCUGU